AUAAUGAGUGUUACACAACAGCCUUUCCAACAUGUUAAAGUGAAAGCAAGCUUUUUUUUUUUUUGCUUUUUUUUGGCUAGAAAUUGGUGGGUGUGGGGAGAGAAGAAGGAACUGGGAAGAGGAGGGGAAGUUAAACCUUUCUUCCCUGCCUGCCUUCUCAGAAAACCAAAUAUGGCAUCUUCCAUGAGGAGCUUGUUUUCUGACCACAGCAGAUAUGUAGAAUCUUUUCGGAGGUUUCUGAACAAUUCCACGGAACACCAGUGCAUGCAGGAAUUCAUGGACAAGAAGCUGCCAGGAAUAAUAGCAAGAAUUGGAGACACAAAAUCAGAAAUUAAGAUUCUAAGCAUUGGUGGAGGUGCAGGUGAAAUUGAUCUUCAAAUUCUCUCCAAAGUGCAGGCUCAAUAUCCAGGAAUUCAUAUCAACAAUGAAGUUGUUGAACCAAGUAUUGAACAAAUUACCAAAUAUAAAGAGCUUGUAGCCAAGACAUCAGACCUCCAGAACAUAAAGUUUGCUUGGCAUAAGGAGACAGCAUCUGAAUAUCAAAAGAGAGUGACAGAGAAAAAGGAACUUCAGAAGUGGGACUUUAUUCAUAUGAUUCAGAUGCUGUAUUAUGUAAAAGACAUCCCAGCUACUUUGAACUUCUUCCAUAGUCUUUUAGCUACCAGUGCUAAGAUUCUCAUUGUUCUUGUGUCAGGAUCCAGUGGUUGGAACAAACUAUGGAAGAAGUAUGGACCCCGGUUACCCCUGGAUGACCUUUGCCAGUAUGUAACAUCAUCUGACCUCACUCAGAUGCUGGACAAGUUGGGUUUUAAGUAUGAAUGCUAUGACCUUCUGUCUACCAUGGAUAUAUCUGACAGCUUUAUUGAUGGCAAUGAAAAUGGAGACUUGCUUUGGGAUUUUUUGACAGAAACCUGCAACUUUACCACAACAGCACCACCUGAUCUCAAAGCAGAAAUUAUGAAAGACCUACAAAAGCCUGAAUUCAGUUUUAAAAAGGAGGGGAAGGUUCUUUUUAAUAAUAGUCUGAGUUUCAUAGUGGUUGAGGCAUAAAAAUCAAUCAUAUGAGUUUAUUCAAAAAUAUUGUUAACAAUAUCGAUUGUUCAUUUCUGUAUUUAAAUUCCAAAUAAAUCUUAUAACAGAUAAAACAUUGUUUUUUUAUAUGUGAAUUUUAGAAAAAAAUUAGGCAUUCUUGGAAUUCCACAUAGAAUCACAUGUGAAACUGCUAGUCUUGUCCCAUCCCUACUCUAGUUUCACAGACUAAAUACUAGCUAAGCUGGAAAAAAUUGAGAUGACUAGCUAACCUGGAAAGAAUGAGAUGACUAGGUUUCAUUGGCUGAUUGACAAUAAAAUCCUUUCCAUUUAUUGAUUAUGCCAAAAUUUCCUAGGCUAUUAAUAAAAUACCUCUAGGGAUUUUAUAAAUACUAGUAUAUAAUUAUUAUACUCUGAACACCGAAAAAGUACAUGUUGUUUGGUUUGUCCCUUGUGACAAAGUAUCUGCCUUCAUUCAUUUCUCUAUUGUAGUUUGUGUUUCAUUUUUAUUGAUUACUAAAAAUAAGCACUUUUAGGAUACUAAAAGUAAGUACUUCGUCAUGUGUUCCUAUGAUUUUAUAGUUUGCUUGUAAUAUACUGUUUUUUCUAUUUUAUUCAGUCAAAUUUCAUUAUUUUCUUUUUUAAUUUGUUUCUGACACAAAAGUCAGUCCAAAGCAAAGUUUUAACUUAAUUUUUAAUAAUUUUAUAAUUUCACUUAAAAAUUAUAUGCUAUGUUUGAAAUUAAAGUGUAAAGAAUGAGUAGUUCCCCCUCAAAAAGACAGCCAGUUUUAUCAAAACAAUAUACUUGGAAAACAAAACACUAACUUAAAAUGUACCUUUUAUCACUUACUUUAAUUCUAGGAAAUCUUGAAUCUAUUUUAAUGUUCUAUAGUCAGUCUCUCUUUCCCUUCUGUCUAAGAUCACAUCUAAUACUGAGAGUCAUCUGUAGAGUUUGAAAACAUAUUUUUAAAAAUUUUAUCUUUAAUAAUGGUAUUAUUAUAAAAAUAAUACAUCUCUCUAAAUAAGUAUAAAUUAGUUUUAUAAUUAAUUAAUUUUAAGUGCGUAAACAUUUACUACUCACUAUUAGAAAUGAACAAAAGCAAUGUCUAAUGAAAGAGCUCAUAAACUCUCAAUCUUCUAGUACUGAAGCCUUCAGCACAGUAUAUUUACUCUUUCAAUGCUACAGGACAGUCACUAAAAGGAAUUAAUGUCUCUUCCUAAUCUCCUAGCUGAGGUAUAGGGAAUAUGCCAGAGUCCAGAACCUAUUGACACUAACAAAUGACCAAGCUUUGUAGUUCAUAAUAAGUAAAACUGACUUGCAUUGCUCUCUUCUUUUGCACAACUACAUCAAUGUUUUUUGAGUUAUAAGUUCCAAUAAAUGAAACGACAGUUAUCCAAUCAGAUUUCUGAAUAUGAACUCUGAACCAUUAAUCAUACUGAUAUGCAUUCAUGACAAAGGAAAUCUGUGAGGCACAUAUGAUUGAUGAAUAUGGGCCAUGACGACCUUGAACAACUUUGUCAAAAAGAGGGAAAUCUAGACUCUAUAGAACAUUCUGACCUUUUCUAAAAAUCACACAUGCAAAAUAAAAGAAUAGAACUAACAUGCUGUUUAAUGAGAAAAGAGCAGUACGUACAAGGGUAUUUGCAAACCUCACCUUUUUCAAACUCUUUCAGAGUCCUUAUUAUAAAGCGCAAAGAUAAAUAAAUUCUCACCUGCUUCAAGUUAAUGUAAUGGGAACACUCAAGUCUUUUUAAAGAGAAAAUCCCCAUGAGUACCUACCAGUCAGUGGUGGUAAGAGCUCUGUAAUAUGCAAGGGAUGAUACUAUUGGCUUCUGCCUGCACUGCGUGAUAUUUCAAAGGAUUUGGGGAAGUCAUGUAUUGACUUUGAAAGUUUGUUUUUGUGGUUCAGAAAAAAGCCCACAGAAUGAAUUGGAAGCACUAUAUAUCACUAUAUAUCACUAUAUAUCACUAUCAUAUACGGGCCCCAUGUUUAACAUGCUACAUUAUGAAUGUUUAAUGACUCCUUUUACAAGCAUCUAUCUAAUACCCAUGUGUUAUUAUUCAUAUUGUAAACAAAGCUCAAGAAAUCAAAUAAAAAGUUUUUGUUACACCUAAUAUUA